GAAAUCACACCCAACUCAUUGCCAUCCAACCAACGCAAUAGACUUCCCAUUUUCCCCUUGUGGAACGUGGGCACUUACCUAGCAAAAAUAUGAUAACACGCUACACCAAAACACGCUGAUUUUAACCCAAAAAUUCAGCCAUUUCGCUUGCAGAUCGGUAGCUAGUCUUUCUCAUACUUAUAAAGCAAGACAUAAAAUUUACCGAUUUCAAAAAAAACCCACACUUUCGCGCCAACGUUGAAGGAAAUUAGCCCAACAAUGAAUAUAAAUAUUUAUCCUCAAAAAAACAAACUUGGCAACCAUUACGAGCCAGCAAGACACUACCACCAGCGGAUGUUCACCACAGAACAAAACGUUAUAGUCUAGCGUCACCAGAGAUUCGUUAUUUUUUGUUUACAAACAAAAUGCAAUGUCUGAUCGAAGUAAACAAACGCGUUUGGUGCAAUACGAUUGGCUAGAAAGUCAAGAGGGCAGGGAGUUUUUGGGCGUGCUGUUGAGGCGAAAUAAACGUAGAAUUUUUGGUUUGUAAAUUACAUUUGACAUUUUGUACCGUCAUUUGCAUCGAAAAGUGGACAAUAGCAGAUUAAAACAUUUAUGCUCACGUGACACUUCAAUGUUGGUAGCAGGAUUUCCAAUUCGAAGGAUUUUCCCCCUAUUGAGGAAAUUCUGUCACGUUAGACAUUAUUCUGCCCGUUGCGGCAAGGUUUAGCUUAUUCCUUCGAAAACCGAGGUCUCGGAUUCAAAAGGUUGCGGGUCAAAAUAGGUUGGGGGGUUGAAACCAAGCUGCGACAGGCAAAUGACUGUUCUUGAAUAUACGAUGAUGGUAGUAGCAAAAUUGCUACAAGUUGUUCCAACAAGACUAAUACACAUACAAGUUGUGUUCGCACUGCUUGUCCCAAGUUGUCAACAAGUUUGGAACAAGCUGUUAACAACUUGUAACAAUCUUGUUGAUCUUAUCAAGCUUGUAACAAGGUUGUUCCAACAAGUCUGAUGAAGUCAUGUUACAACCUUGUGUUGUCAACCUUGUAACAUUCUUGUUUAUCAUGACUGCAUCAGACUUGUUAGAACAACCUUGUAACCAGUCUGAUAAUUAAUGCCGUCAAGCUUGUUCCAAGUUGUUAACAGCUUGUUACAACAACUGGGAACAAGCAGUCUGAAGACAACUUGUCGACAGCUUGUGAACAGAUUUGUAACAACUUGUUUCCAGACUUAAUGUAACAAGUUGUUCCUUUUUUUCCGUGUGUACCAUACAAGUUGCUACAAGCUUGUUGUCAUCAUGCAAUGUCUCAACAUGUUGUCAUAUGGACUAGAUUAGAUUUGCAAAUCUGAUCUGAAUCCAAUCUGAUUGAAUUGUGACACCACAUUUGGGUCAGAUACAUUAGAAUAAUACAUUAUAGAAUAAUAACUUCACAUCAGCUACAGAGCUGAACUGAACUUGCUCAACAAAUUAUAUAUACAAUCUUAUUUUCUCACAGGACUAUUGGAACAGCCAGGAUUUCCGUCUGGGAUCACACCAACUAUUGUGCCAUUCAAAUUGUUAUUGUUGGGCAAAUCUGCUGUGGGAAAAACCAGCACAGUUGCUAAAAUUGCUGGGAAGGGUGCGUCUCCCUUUUGCUUUGCCUUUGAAAAAGAUUUCUGCUCGGUUAAAUCAUGAUUUAUUUGAUGACUUUUAUUUACACAGAACUUCCAGCUAUUUACAGUGAAACACCAGGAAUUCAAACAACAUUAAUUUACUGGCCUGCCAAGGUAAAUUGUGGACAACGCUAUCCAGUAUACACCCUGCCUGGCCCUGGGUUAUACAUAUCCUUAGACGAACGCAUUCAUAAAUAUACUCAAAAAACAAAAUAACUGAGUGGUGUGAACAGACAUACGCAAUCUCAAGCAUCCAAAUCACUAGAGAACUGCUACUAAAGAUGAACAAAAAAACGGACUUUUGAGAUAUGUUUUCGAUUUUAUUCAUUGCAGUUGGUAUCCUCUUCAAAAGUUGUUCUAUUUAAACUGCAUUUCUGGGAUGUUGGUGAUUCUGCCAUGAAAAAAUUUGACCAUAUCAAGACGGUGAGUUCGUUCUACUCCAUCCUCCAAUUAACUGUUUUUGCUUCUAACGAACCACUUAACGAACCACUUAACCACUUUGGUCAUUUUUAUUUCGUUUUCUUUUAGUCUGCCCAUAUGAAACCGGACGCUGUUAUCUUUUUCUUCUCUUUUACAGACAGGUGAACUUUGUAACGGCAGAGUUUUGUAAAUGAAAAAUACAAAAUGAACUUCGUUCGGUUGGAAGGUCGAAAUUCUGUUUGUAUUUUUUAUCUCUUCUCUGACCAACUCUGUAACAAAACUCUGCUACUCACUACUCAGCCACCGUUCGAGAUUUUAAUAUUACAGAAGUAUUUACCUAUACAUGAUUCGUAGCGGUCCUUGAAAUCCUUGAAAGUCUUUAAAUUUGAAUGCACUGAAGUCUUUGAGGUCUUUGAAGUCUUUGAAUUGUGUAAAAAAAGCGAAGAGUCUUUAAAUUCUCUAGUGUCAAGUAGUGAGUAUUUGAUUAUACGAUUUCCUGCUAAUAAAAUAGAUUGAUUGAAGCAAGAUUUUGGCAAAUAUCGACGAAAAGGUGCAUUUUAGGAUGUGAUUUGAAGGGAAUAAUUACUGGAUAAAAAUGAUUGCUCUCAAAGAUCUUUUCAAAGUCUUUAAAAAUAGGCAGAAAAAAUCUUUGAAAGUCUUUGAAUAAUCAAAUUAGAUUGGAUUAAAUAACAUUCGUGUGAUUUAUCUACUGCAAAUCAAACCUGUUCAUAUGCGUCUUAUUUAUUGCGGAAUCUUUCGUUUCAGAGCCAGUUUUGAUGAUUUACCAUAUUUAGUGACGAGAACUUGUGAUGAAUUAAGUGACUUACCUAAAAUUACCAUAGGCACGAAAUAUCCUUUUUAUACCAGAAGCGUUGCUCGUAUUCUUCAAUAAACUUUCGUGGUUUGUGGCUGAACGAUUUUGAAAAAGAUAUCUCAAGUGUGGAGAUCCAGUGUGUCAACAAAAUGUGUUCGCAACAGGCUUGUAGCAAGCUUGUCAACAAUGCUGUUAUUUUAUUAAUUUGCUACAAGGUUGUCACUCACAACUUGUUGACAAAUUGUUGAAUUGCAGGACGAUAAUUGCAGGACGAUAACAAGUUGUUGGAACAACUUGUAACAAGUCUGUUGAGCUCAACAACCUUGUAGCAAGUUGUCAACAAGCUGGGAACAAGCAGUGCGAACACAUCCUGUUGACAAGUUAUUGGAACAGCAUUGCUACAAGUCUGCUGCAGGUUUGUUACAACUUGUGCGUUUUUACGUCUGUAUUCUUGUGUGUUUUUACGUGUGUAAGCUGUUGCGGUUUGUGUCAGAACUACCUGAAAAAGAUGUCUCACGUGUGGGGAUGCAGUGUAGGUAGUAUUCCUCAAUAAACUGUUGUGUUUUUGUCUGGGAGAACCACAACAGAAGACCCUUAUAUUCGUCACAAACGGAACAAGUUUCCUUAACAUCAAAUCCAAAUUUGACAAAGUGAUUAACAGCGAGAUUACCGAAGAAGAACUACGAGAUUUCCAAGAACAAUGGAACAUUCCAAUAUUGAAAAUUUGUAACAAUGAAGGACGCAAAUUGGCCGACGGAAGUUUAGAUGGCAGGGCUGGGAUUAUGGUGAGAUGGUUCAUUCUUUAUUGAUCCAAUGUUACUACAGUAGGGGACCAGAGUGUCUGGAGAAAACCUACAUAGGGCGUGUGGUAAAGUCAAAAUAAUGCACUCGCCUUACAGCAGGGGGCGCUGGUGGGGACAGGGUUGGGGGCAAGGGGGCCAACCCCCGGCUUGUAACAAGCUUGUUGAUAUUAUCAGACUUGUUGCAAGGUUGUUCCAACAAGUCUGAUACAGUCAUGGUAUAACAAUAUUGUUACAACCUUGUGUCGUCAACCUUGUAACAUUCUUGCUAUAUCAUGACCGUAUCAGACUUGUUAGAACAACCUUGUAACAAGUCUAAUAAUGCCAUCAAGCUUGUUACAAGUUGUUAACAGUUUGUAACAAGCUUGUUGAUAAUAUCAGACUUGUUCCAAGGUUGUUCCAACAAGUCCGAUACAGUCAUGAUCUAACAAGAAUAUUACAAGGUUGACUACACAAGGUUGUACCAAUAUUGUUAUAUUGUUUCCCAGGAAAUCGCGCCAAUUCUUAACACCAUAAUCGAAGUAUUAUGGAGACGACGUGAGAAUGAAAACAGGAAAGUCGGUCAACACAAAUCGUCGAAGAAACGUCCGACAAGUAACCAAGGAUCGAACAAAACUUUGCAAGAUGAUCAUCAUAUAACUGACAUUUAGAACAUAAAAUAGACUAGAAAUAGAUCCAGUUUUCAUUGGAAUCGUAUUAUUUCUGUAUUUUUUGAAAUUGUUGGGUGGUCGUGGCUUUUUGCUAUUCGCCCAGAGAAAAAAGCAUUCAUUUGCAACAACUAAUACAUAUGUAUAUGUACAUAAAUAUAAUAUAUUUUUACAAUGUUUUGUAAAUAAAUAUCAGAAAACGUAAUAUGUGAAUAUUAAUUACUACAAACGAGUGAAAAAUAUAUAGUUUGCUGGAUUUCAGCGAGCACUGUCGUACAACAGAUUUUGGUAACAUCGCAACCCAACACUUAUCGAGCAAACAAAUUAAACUACACUUGUUAAUUCUGUUUAUUUGUCUCCAAAUAUAAGGCUUACUAUAUACACUGAUUCGAAAAAGAGUUGUCAUCAUUUUUUCUAUCAUUUUUACAAAGACUAUCAUUUUUACAAAGUGUAAAUAUAAUUAACAAUUAUUCGCCGAAGGCGAGGUGAUUAUCGGUGAAUAAAUAAAAAAUACAGAUUUCUUCGUCAUUUAAUUAACAAAACGGCUUCGGCCGCCAUUUCGAAAAUCACUUAGGUGAUUAUCGCGUUCUAAUCACCUCAACGGCAACCAAUCAGCGUGGAGAAUUUUCAAUAAUCACCUAUGUAAUUAUACUGAUACCAUGUAUUCUCUUUGAAGUUUUGGCUGGAUGUAGCAAACAAGCCUGACCAGCCUCAUUUUGGUGGAAGUACGUCACUUUGGAUAAAGAGCCUCGUUUUCGUCAUUCAUACGUCAACUAUAUCAUGACAUGCACGAAAACGCGGCCCUAUAGGCUAUAGCCAAAAUGAUAUACUUCACGGAAUUGCCGGUAUUUCGCUUACAUGGAUUGUUUCAAUCUUAAACGUUUCCACUGUGCUUCGAGAGCCUGUUCGCAGGCUACCACUUCCUUCAAUAAGCAAUCUCUGUAUGUUUAAAAAUAGUUUAAUAGCUGGAUAAUACAUAACAUUUAAAAUAACGCAAAGCAGUGACAAAUAUAGUUUUCGAAUCAGCAUAUGUAUAAUAAAAAAAAUUCGCAUUAUUCAAUUUUCAAUUAGAUCGCUAAAGUGACCACAAUCUGUUGUACGACAUGCACAUUGCUUAGCCUACUCGAGAUUUUCAGCAUUUACUCAUACCCACACCGUUUUACCCUUCGAUCCUUUACAAUCCUCUAUAUCAUACAUUUGUCCCUCAUCAUCACUACGAUCCCCAAGGGAUCCCAAACUAUCUCGUGACACAACACUGUUCCGUAAUUGGACAGAGGUUGGGUCCCAGUCCAAACUGUACAAACUUGUCCGCUCGGUCACUUUGGGUUGUUCGGGUGCCUGGACCUCAGAUAAAGGUCUGGAAACCUUUGCCGGGGGUUGACCGUUGUGUGUUUUGACUGGUGGAUAGGGGGGUAGAACCUCGUGCUCAUCGUAACCCUCGACUGAUCCAAUGGGAUCCCAUUCUAGGCUAAAUCUGGUAGUUGCAGAACCGGUUGAACCGGUACUAAUUCGUGCUAUCGGAUCUCUGGUCUUGGUUCUGAGUUUCUGUCUGCGCAUGACAGGUAGUUCUGUUAGGAUAUCGCCCGCUUCGAGGGCAAUCGUCCUUGCAGGCGACGCGGGUUCAUGGGAGGGUAAUUUUCGACCAAUAGAAAAGCUCUUUACUAGUCUUUCUGCCAUUGAGCUUUUUUGUGAGGGAGUGGGGGACACUACCCCAACUGGCCUAGCUUUCCCUGGGGAUAGCAUAGGUUUCCGUGGGUGUUUGGGAGAUUUUGCGGGCGCCAAGAUAAAGAACGAUGCCAAACGGUCCAUGUAUCUAUUCUCCCCAGUCUUCUGAUGUGAACACGCUGAACUCGGUUCUGAAGACUCUGGGGGAAUUUCAGUGGUGAAAAUACUACCGUUUGUUGUCGCGGUUUUAUCCACUGCUAUUACCGUAAAAGGCGCCGAUUGACAGCGCUCGACCUUUUUAAUGAAUGCUUCAGGUUUUACAGGCAAAGAUUUCGAUCUUUGACGUUUUGGUGAAAGCGCCCGUUGUAUAAGACCCCUGAAUGAACUCAGUCGUUUUGAUCUCCUUUUGCGAUCUGACGUUUUCUCACUUUCCGAAUCGUGAUUUGUCGGGACACUUUCGUGUUCAAUGAUCACGAUUUCGUGUCCUUUCGUCGCGUCUUCGUAACCUCUCGUGUCGUCGUGCCCUCUCGUCACAACACCAUGCAUUGACGAUGUAUGGUCGGAAGAGGAUCGUUCGCGUUCGGAUGACGAUCGAGCACGGUCGGAAGAGCUCGACACACGCUCGGAACACGACGAAGUCAAACUCGAUACGUCAUUAACACCGGAAGUUGUUGAAGCUGACUUACCUCCGUAUCUAUCGCUCCACGUCAACGCUCGGGGCUUACUCGUAACCUCCCGGAAGCUGUUGUCUCUCUUUGGGGUCUGUGUCCUAAGCUUCCUUAGGUCUUCGUAGUCACAUGACUCGAUCCAGGACUUUGUCUUAAUGCUGCGCGACGUCCAAGUGUCCAUAUCGAGAAGACUGUCCGCUGACAUGUUUUCUACACUCGACGCCUUCGUAAAUUGUCGUUGGUUGUCGCAAUCCUCGGUAUAUUCUGUCAACGUGUUGAGGGACUUCGGUGGAUUUAGAGAGUCAAGUGAGUACUUCAUGGGAUAAAAUUGUUCCGCAUUGCAUUUCUCACAUGUACACUCCAUGUUUCUUGUGGAUAGUGUGUCACUCAGACAAACGGCACUCGGUGAGUAUUUCAUAAACACCAGAGGGUAGAGUAGACAUGCUAUAGCCAGGAGAAUGGUAACAAUUUCGGUCCCAGAUUCCUCCCCGGACAUAUGGGCAAUCGUGAUAGCCCCAUGAGGGAUGCCUAGCAACAAAAACGUCAGCACGCCCGCAACAAUCAGGCGGAUGUCCGUGCGGAUUUCUUUAUUACGCCUGCCCGCUUUUGGGAUAAAAAUCCGCCGCCAAAAUAGCAGUCCAACCAACAUGAGGGCUGAAAAACAGACUCCCAAAACCAGUAACCCACAAAUUAGAUACAUCGCCUGGGCGAAUGCCAUUUCAUAGCUUGCCAUACAAAACUUAUGCCAAGUCGUAACCCGCGUCCAGGGUGGAAUAAUAAGUAAGAAAGAUAGCACCCAGGCCUCGCAAAUGUACACUGCCGAGCGGCGAAACGAGAGCUCUAGAGCAAAACAAAGUUUGUAUCCAAGUUUCGUGAAUCGCUCUAGUAUUAUGAAAGUUAGGAUCAUGACCAACGAAUAUAUCCCAAAAUGCUUCAGGAAAUAGACCGGGCUACAAACGGACUGGGACCAAUUUCCUUGACCAAGCGCACUGGUGUCGUCUCUAGGGGACUGGUGACUAUCAGCGACGAGAAGUAUCAUUACACUUGUCGUUACGAACAAAUUCGAGAGAGCCAAACCCACGAUAAAAAUACUCAGCGGUCUCUGUCGACGAACAUGCGUGUAAACACGCGUGACGAUCAACGCGAGAUUCGAAACCAACGCGAGAGUCGAGAUUACCCAUAAUACAACACGAACCGCCGUUUUGUCUCCCAGAAUCUUUGGCGGUACUGAAAGCUCGUCUGUACAAUUCAUCCUGGUGCUCAAAGGAGUACACAACGCGCACGCGCAGUGCGUAUUUCCAAACGGACUGUCCAGCCGGUGAAGGCAAGUUCUCGGAAUUUCACAGCGCUCGUUUUUAGAAAUUCUUGUGUAAUUACACCUUAGGCAAGUAUUCCAGGAAUCCGCCGAAAUUUCUCGUAAAUUACCCAAAGUUUUUAGAAAUCGUAAUGAUUUGAUACUCGGGUUACCUUCAAGACGCAACUUCGUCAGCAAAGGAGUUUUUUUGAACACCCCGUCAUGUACGGUGAAACGUUUGCCAUUAUUCUGCAGCACU